CCCAUUCUCCACCAGUCAGCAGUGACGGGAGACAGGAGCGGUUGCCAUGAGAACCCCGGUCGCCCGGAUGUGAGAAGAUGCCGGCCGGAGCUGCCAGCGAUCGCCCGGUGCCUCAUCAGUGACAUGGGGGGCGGGUAGGAGAGGGGCCGGACGGAAGAGUGUGCGCGGCUCGGUGCGGGAUCUCGGCUUUCUCUGGAGGGGGCAAGAAUGGACGAGCCGGGGGAGCUCGGUGGAGGGGCGAACUAUGCAAGUAGCAGGCGACCUCCACUUGCUGUUGACGGGUCAAGCCUCCAGUCCAGGGAUCCAGCACCAUCCAAGCAGACAGUCCUAUCUUGGCAAGCUGCCAUCGAUGCUGCCAGACAGGCCAAGGCGGCCCAGAACAUGAGCACUGCUGAGCCCCUGCCGGUUGGAUCUCUGUCACAGAAAAAACGGCAGCAGUAUGCUAAGAGCAAGAAACAAGGGGGCAGCUCAACCAACAGACCAGCCCGUGCCCUUUUCUGCUUGUCUCUCAAUAACCCAAUCCGGAGAGCCUGUAUCAGUAUAGUAGAAUGGAAACCAUUUGACAUAUUUAUAUUAGUGGCGAUUUUUGCCAAUUGUGUGGCCUUAGCUGUUUACAUCCCAUUCCCUGAAGACGAUUCAAACUCCACCAACCACAACCUGGAAAAAGUAGAGUAUGCCUUCCUCAUCAUUUUUACCAUUGAAACCUUUUUGAAGAUAAUCGCAUAUGGACUAGUAAUGCAUCCCAACGCUUAUGUACGAAAUGGAUGGAACUUACUGGAUUUUGUCAUAGUCAUUGUAGGAUUGUUUAGUGUAGCUUUGGAGCAACUUAAUUUUGGUACCAAAGAAGUUGAAGGAGGAACUCACUCGACUGGGAAAUCUGGUGGUUUUGAUGUGAAAGCUCUACGAGCCUUUCGUGUGUUACGUCCCCUUCGAUUAGUGUCUGGUGUGCCCAGUUUACAAGUUGUCUUGAACUCCAUAAUUAAAGCCAUGGUUCCCCUGCUGCACAUCGCUCUUUUGGUCCUGUUUGUUAUUAUUAUUUAUGCUAUUAUUGGACUAGAGCUUUUUGUUGGGAAAAUGCACAAAUCCUGUUAUUUCAUUGGCUCUGACAUGCUAGCCGAAGAUGAACCUGCGCCCUGUGCAUUCUCAGGGAACGGGCGCGUUUGUCCUGUAAAUGGUUCAGAAUGUAAAAGUGGAUGGGCCGGACCUAAUGGGGGAAUAACCAAUUUCGAUAACUUUGCCUUUGCAAUGUUAACUGUGUUCCAGUGUAUUACCAUGGAGGGCUGGACUGAUGUUUUAUAUUGGAUGAAUGAUGCUAUGGGAUUUGAAUUGCCUUGGGUUUAUUUUGUCAGUCUCGUCAUCUUUGGGUCAUUUUUCGUGCUAAAUCUUGUUCUUGGUGUGUUAAGCGGGGAGUUUUCCAAGGAAAGAGAGAAGGCAAAAGCCAGAGGUGACUUUCAAAAGUUACGUGAAAAGCAGCAGCUGGAGGAGGAUUUGAAGGGUUACCUGGACUGGAUCACGCAAGCUGAAGACAUCGACCCCGAGAAUGAUGAGGAGUGUGAUGAAGAGUGCAAGCGCAAUAGGGUGACGCUGGAGGAUUUGCUGGGAGAAAAGAAGAAAGGCUGGUUUAAAUGCUUUAAGCGCAAAAACAAGCACGCGAGUAUGCCAACCAGCGAGACAGAAUCCGUAAAUACCGAAAAUGUUGGUGCAGAAGGAGAGAAUACCGGGUGCUGUGGCACUAUGUGUCAGUCCAUUUCCAAGUCUAAAUUCAGUCGACGCUGGCGUCGGUGGAACCGGUUUAAUCGGAGAAGGUGCCGAGCUGCAGUGAAAUCUGUGUCAUUUUACUGGCUAGUUAUCAUCUUGGUCUUUCUCAAUACGCUGACUAUCUCAUCGGAGCACUACAAUCAGCCUGAGUGGCUGACCCAAAUACAAGACAUCGCCAAUAAAGUCCUUCUGGCUUGUUUCACCUGUGAGAUGUUAGUGAAGAUGUACAGCCUGGGCCUUCAAGCCUACUUUGUCUCUCUGUUCAAUCGCUUUGACUGCUUUGUGGUGUGUGGCGGCAUCACCGAAACCAUCCUAGUGGAGCUGGAGAUUAUGUCACCUUUGGGGAUAUCUGUGUUUCGAUGUGUCCGACUCUUACGGAUCUUUAAAGUCACCAGGCACUGGGCUUCCCUCAGCAACCUUGUAGCAUCGCUCUUAAACUCCAUGAAAUCCAUUGCUUCCUUAUUGCUCCUUCUUUUCCUCUUCAUCAUCAUUUUCUCUCUUCUUGGAAUGCAAUUAUUCGGGGGCAAGUUUAACUUUGAUGAAACGCAGACGAAAAGAAGCACCUUUGAUAACUUCCCCCAGUCUCUCCUGACGGUGUUCCAGAUCCUAACAGGAGAAGACUGGAACGCUGUGAUGUAUGAUGGGAUCAUGGCGUAUGGUGGGCCAUCUUCUUCAGGGAUGAUUGUGUGUGUAUACUUCAUCAUACUGUUUAUCUGUGGUAACUAUAUUCUGCUCAAUGUCUUCUUGGCCAUUGCUGUGGAUAAUCUGGCAGAUGCAGAGAGUUUGAACACUGCUCAGAAAGAAGCUGCGGAGGAAAAGGAGAAGAAAAAGAGCGCGAGGAAAGAAAGUCUGGAAAACAAGGAGAUUGAAAAGGCGGAGAAUGAUCGGAAAAAAGCGAUCGAGUCAAAGGUAUCGGUUGAUGAAGAAGCAGAAGAUCAAAAGGAACAUAAUGAUCCAGAUGAGGAAGAUGAAGAUGAACCAGAAGUACCAGCAGGUCCUCGUCCACGUCGGAUGUCCGAGCUCAAUAUGAAGGAGAAGAUAACCCCAAUUCCGGAGGGCAGCGCCUUCUUUAUUUUCAGCAACACUAACCCGAUUCGUGUGGGCUGCCACAAGCUUAUUAACCAUCACAUCUUCACCAACCUCAUCCUAGUGUUUAUAAUGCUGAGCAGCGCGUCACUAGCAGCCGAGGAUCCCAUCCGCAGCCAUUCAUUCCGGAAUAUAAUUCUUGGUUACUUUGACUAUGCUUUCACAGGAAUCUUUACAGUUGAAAUCUGCCUAAAGAUGAUGACCUUCGGCGCAUUUCUCCACAAAGGCGCUUUCUGCAGAAACUAUUUUAAUUUACUGGAUUUAUUGGUCGUCGGGGUCUCCCUGGUUUCCUUUGGGAUUCAGUCAAGUGCUAUAUCUGUGGUCAAGAUCCUGAGAGUUCUGAGGGUGCUCCGACCCCUGAGAGCCAUUAACAGGGCAAAAGGCCUAAAGCAUGUCGUCCAAUGUGUGUUUGUCGCCAUCCGAACUAUCGGUAACAUCAUGAUUGUGACCACUUUGCUACAGUUCAUGUUUGCUUGUAUUGGCGUUCAGCUGUUUAAGGGCAAGUUCUACCGAUGUUCAGAUGAGGCAAAGCAGACGCCAGAAGAGUGCAAGGGAAAGUACAUUGUGUAUAAGGAUGGCGAUGUCAACAGCCCUUCUAUCCGAGAGAGACACUGGCAUAACAGUGACUUCAAUUUUGAUAAUGUUCUGUCUGCCAUGAUGGCACUCUUCACAGUUUCCACCUUUGAGGGAUGGCCAGCACUCUUGUACAAGGCCAUCGAUUCCAACGGGGAAAAUGUCGGCCCCGUCUACAACAACAGAGUGGAAAUCUCCAUCUUCUUCAUCAUCUAUAUCAUCAUCAUUGCUUUCUUCAUGAUGAACAUAUUCGUGGGUUUCGUUAUCGUCACAUUUCAAGAACAGGGAGAGAAGGAAUACAAGAACUGUGAGCUGGACAAGAACCAGCGACAGUGUGUGGAGUACGCACUGAAAGCCCGUCCUCUCAGAAGAUACAUCCCCAAGAACCCCUACCAGUACAAGUUUUGGUAUGUCGUCAACUCCACUGGGUUUGAGUACAUCAUGUUUGUUCUCAUCAUGCUGAAUACACUGUGCUUGGCUAUGCAGCAUUACGGACAAUCGAAAAUCUUUAAUGAUGUCAUGGACGUGAUGAAUAUGGUCUUCACUGCCGUCUUCACUGUAGAAAUGGUUUUGAAACUUAUAGCUUUCAAACCCAAGGGUUAUUUUAGUGAUGCCUGGAACACCUUUGAUUCACUCAUCGUUUUCGGCAGCAUAGUAGACGUGGUCCUCAGUGAAGCUGAUAAAUUUCUGCAGAGCUCAGAAGACAGCGCCCGCAUCUCAAUCACUUUCUUCCGACUAUUCAGAGUCAUGCGACUUGUGAAACUUCUAAGCAGGGGCGAAGGGAUCCGAACGUUGCUGUGGACAUUCAUAAAGUCCUUUCAGGCUUUACCGUACGUCGCCCUCCUUAUCGCCAUGCUGUUUUUCAUCUAUGCUGUGAUUGGCAUGCAGGUUUUUGGUAAAAUUGCCAUGAGGGAUAACACCCAGAUUAAUAGGAACAACAAUUUUCAGACCUUUCCACAAGCGGUCCUGCUGUUAUUCAGGUGUGCCACGGGCGAGGCCUGGCAGGACAUCAUGCUGGCAUGCUUGCCAGGAAAGCUCUGUGACCCCGAUUCAGAUAUCAGCACUGGAGAGGAGUACACAUGUGGGAGCAAUUUUGCCAUUGUCUAUUUCAUCACAUUUUAUAUGCUGUGUGCAUUCCUGAUCAUCAACUUGUUUGUGGCCGUCAUCAUGGACAACUUUGACUACCUGACCCGCGAUUGGUCCAUACUGGGUCCUCAUCACCUGGAUGAAUUUAAAAGAAUAUGGUCUGAAUAUGAUCCAGAAGCCAAGGGAAGAAUUAAACACCUGGACGUGGUCACUCUGCUCCGCCGCAUUCAGCCUCCUCUGGGCUUUGGGAAAUUGUGCCCUCACAGAGUGGCUUGUAAGAGACUGGUGGCCAUGAAUAUGCCACUGAAUAGUGAUGGGACCGUCAUGUUUAAUGCCACCUUGUUUGCUUUGGUUAGAACUGCCCUGAAAAUCAAAACUGAGGGUAAUCUAGAACAAGCCAAUGAGGAACUCCGAGCCGUCAUCAAGAAGAUAUGGAAGAAGACAAGUAUGAAGCUUCUGGACCAAGUAGUGCCCCCUGCAGGCGAUGAUGAGGUAACCGUGGGGAAGUUCUAUGCCACCUUCCUGAUACAGGACUACUUUAGGAAAUUCAAGAAACGCAAGGAACAAGGACUGGUGGGAAAGUACCCUACAAAGAACUCCACUGUGGCACUACAGGCUGGACUUCGGACACUUCAUGACAUUGGCCCUGAAAUCCGCCGAGCAAUAUCAUGUGACCUGCAAGAUGACGAGCCGGAGCAAAACAACCAUGAGGAGAAAGAAGAUAUAUACAGGAGAAAUGGAGGUCUAUUUGGAAACCAUGUCAAUCAUGUGGUCAAUGACAGACAUGAAUCCUACCAGCAAACUAAUACCACGCGGCGUCCCCUGCAUGUGCAGCGCCCAUCCAUACGCUCUGCCAGCGACACUGACAAGUCUGCAUAUUCCCACACUGGAAACUCCAUACAUCACAAUCACCAUAACCAUGAAUACUCUGGGAAACAUGUAUCCAACUCCACAAAUGCCAACCUAAACAACGCCAAUGUUUUCAAACCUAUGAACGGGAAACACGCCAGUCUGUCAGCCCACGAUCACACAUCUCAGAACGGUUACUACACUUACUCUAGAAAUGACUACGAGAAACCUCGAAAGUCCAGCAUCAAGAGAUCAGAGUCUGGAGAAAGAAACUUGCCUGUUAUCUUCCGUGAAGAUCCUGACUUCUUGGACUACAGUGAGGAUCCUUACCUAGGGGAACCAGAGUACUAUAGUGGAGACGAGUGUUAUGAAGAGGACACCAUGCUCUCUGAAGACAGGCAACUGUAUGCGGAGCCGUCGUUGUAUUCAGCCAGUGAUUUAGACUAUGAGAGACCCAAAGGCUACCACCAUCCCCACAGCUUUUUUGAAGAAGAUGACCCCCAGAUAUGUUUUGAGUCAAGGAAAUCACCGAGACGGAGAUUACUACCUCCAACUCCUCCAUCAAACAGAAGAUCGUCAUUUAAUUUUGAAUGCCUUCGAAGACAAAGUAGUCAGGAUGAGAUACCUCUGUCCCCGACGUUUCAUCACCGCACGGCACUACCCCUACAUCUAAUGCAGCAGCAGAUUAUGGCGGUAGCUGGUCUGGACCCCAGCAAAGCUCAGAAACAUUCGCCUUGUCGCUCUACUCGGUCUUGGGCUACUCCACCGGCAACUCCGAACCAAAGGGACCGCACCUCAUUCUACACCCCCCUCAUCCGGGUGGACCGCGCCGAGUCCAAGGAGCACAUGAAUGGGAGCCUCCCGUCCUUGCAGAGAAGCUCAUGGUACACAGAUGACACAGAUAUUUCAUAUAGGACAUUUACACAAUCCAACCUGACUGUGCCCAACGACUUCAGGAACAAACAGAGCGACAAACAGAGGAGCGCAGACAGCCUUGUGGAAGCUGUGCUAAUCUCAGAGGGUUUGGGAAGAUACGCUCGAGAUCCUAAAUUUGUGUCUGCCACCAAACAUGAAAUUGCUGAUGCUUGUGACAUGACUAUCGACGAGAUGGAGAGCGCAGCCAGCAAUCUCCUGAAUGGCAGCAUUCGUAACGGGACAGCAGGGGGCGAUAUGUUCCCCAUCCUAAGCAGGAGAGACUAUGAUCUUCAAGACUUUGGCCCUGGGUACAGUGACGAGGAGCCGGAGACCAAUAAAUAUGAAGAAGAUCUAGCUGAUGAAAUGAUUUGUAUAACGACGUUAUAGUAUUUAACGAAAAACACUUAGGAUUCUAUAAAACAACAACAACAACAACAAAAAAAAAAGUGCCUCUCAAUUCCUGAUGGACGGCACUAAACCAGAAGACUGACCAGUCAAGCCAUGGAUGGGGCACAGCUUCCUGGCACAUCUGUUGCUGGUAGACUACAACGCCCAGUGGCCAGGUCCUGGAGGAUGGCUUCGAGAACUGGAUGAAGAAGUGGAGAUGGAGGAGGAUCAAACCAUAUUGUGUUAUAUGUGAACAGUAUGCCGCAUGGUGCACCUGAAUCAGUGAUGCAAAUGUGUGAUAUAUGGUGAUGACAAUCAAAAUGCCCUCGUCAUUACCCUCAGCCAUACACAUCAUAUCAGAUAUCUGAUCGCUUCUGUCACGUCUUUUACCAGCGGUGGUCAGGCCCUGGUGUGCAGUCUCACCCUCCUCUAUGGAGCGGGGUAUGGGUCCGCACGGGAUGAUCACCUCUGGAUAGUGUGAAGUUACCUUUACCUAGAGAAUAUAUCAUUUCAGUAGUCAACUUUUUUUUUUUUUUACUAUUACCUAAAGGGCAAAUGACACUGGAAUAGCUGCAAAUAAUGCACUGACACCCAGAAUUAUGUCAGUAGGUUUUCUGUAAAUGACCUGUAAUAUACGACUAUUUGUAAAGAGAUGUUCUAUAUUUUGUAAUCCUUUGCGGUAAAUCGAGCUGCAGCAAUAUCUACCGGGUUCUGAGUUUAUGUCGUUCUCCACAAAGAUUAGCAAUGCAAUUAUAUAUUUUUUUUCUGCCAUUCCAUAGAGAUCUACCGUAAAACAAUCUAUUCAUAGACACGGAAAAGGUUCAGAUUUUCAAAUCAAAAAUUUAUGAAGAAAUUUUUAAAAAUAUUUUAUGUCCAAAGGAAUAUUCUAAACAGAGAAGAUAUGCAAUUAUUAGAGUGAUACGAAAUGAGUGGUUGAGCUUUUUUUUUUCCAUGUGAUGUUGAGCUGUAAAACUUUUUAAUCUGCAAUGAAACUUUUACCAAAAACAUUUUUUAAGUUAAUUUUCAAAAAAAAAAAAAUGAUCUGAAUCGUUUUUUGUAAUGCUGAUUCUGUCCGAAUCCUUUUAAUAGUCUCCAUAGCAUUCGCUCACGCGUUGUCAUAUUCCAAAGCAGCGUUCUAUAAGAAUUCCAGGGUUUCGCUCCCGACCUAAGUAAAGACUAAUAUCUAACAUUCCAGUGUAUGACCACAACAGGACAUGGCGGCCAUAUUUCCUGAGGACUGUUCACUCCAUACACAAUCGUAAGAGCUGUGGGCGCUGAGCCAGGACAAAGCCUGCUCUACAGGUUCCUUGCAUAGUCCAAGUAUUGUGAGGUUUUGAGGACGCAACUUGUCUCCAGGUAGUUUACAUAAGUAGCAAUUCCAGCUAUUAUUGGGGUCACCCCCUUUACGAGCAGUAUCGAUUUACUAAGAAAGUUACGGGGAUUUUCAGUUGGGCUGCUGGAAAAGUCGAAAUUGCCUGCAAUAUUCCUGCUAGUAAAGGACAUAGCUCUGAUCUUCUUUUAGGGAAUUGCUAUUUAUGCAAUACAUUAGUAUACUGCACUGUAAGGGAACGCGGCUGUACUACAGUUGGAUUUCAUCACUGGCUGCUGUGACAUAAUGUGCGGUAGAUGGGGCUCAGCCUAUGAACUAUGUUUUUUGUAUGGAGAAAAUAUUGACAUAAUGCAUUGGAACGAGGUCAUUACUCAUUAGGUGAAAUAUAUGUUUUAUCAAUGGUUUUGUGUGCAGAUACAAUGAGGCAUCAACACAGAGGAUACAUGAUGAAUUCAUGCCUGAAUCAAUAAACCUCUUUUCUACGGGUGUAGUAUGGCCUGACUUGUGUGGAUAUUGCUGUGAAUGGGAAAAUGUGCAAUGUAAAAAGGGGCAUUGACCGUAUUCAAAUGCUCGUUCAUUGGGUAAAAAGAUCCUCGUUUCCCGGCGGCACGAUCUGCUGCUGGGAAACAACGAUACCAUUACCGAUCGCUUCCUCCCCAUACUCUGGAGGAGAUCUCUGCAUGUAAAGGCCCCGGUCUCCUCCGCUAGCGAUCAGCAGAUUGUCGGGAAGGAACACUUCCUUCCCGACAAGCUGCUAGAUCGUCGCCCCCUGUAAAGAAACCGUUAGGGUACAUUCACACGACCAUGUGUAAAUCCUUUCCGUUUGGCGGUCCGCAAAUAACUGAACCACGUGUUCGCAUUUUGCGGACCAAUUACUUCUGUUUGUGUUCUGUUUGUCUUCCAUUUUUUAUGGUCCACAAAAAACAGGAGGAGACAAGAGAGAGAGAGAAAAAAAUGAAUUAUUAAUUCAUAAUUGUCAAGGAAAUACGGAAACGGAUCAGCAAAAAACUGAUGACAUACGGAAACCAUUCCGUAUGUCAUCCGCAAUUCGCGGAUCCAUUGACUUGAAUUGGGCUGCAGACUGAUUUGUGUGGACAAUAGUAGUACAAGCUUCAUAUUUUUGCGGACUAGAAAUGCGGAAACAUGGAUGCGGAUCGGAAGCGGAUACAAUUAUACGGUCGUGUGAAUGUAUCGCACAUCGCCGACACUCUCCUAGAAAAUGCCUUUUCUUGUCCGCAAUUGUGCACAAGAAUAGGACAUGUUCUAUUCUUUUGCGGAACGGAAGUGCGGAUCC